GAGGGAGAGCAGCAGGGCGCCCUGCUCAUUAAUCAGCGGAGGCCUGGGGCGCCUCCUGGGCGGAUAAAAGGGCCCUGGGGGGGGGGGGGCCUGGAGGCAGGCGAGGAUGGAGCGCUUCGUCUACCCGCCCUACGGCCUCUUCCACCCGCAUCACCAGCAGGGCUGCUACGGCAGCGCCUUCGCCCCGCAGGGCAACGGAGCCGGGACCCCCGCCCGACCCCCUCCUCCGUCCAAGCAGAAGCAGCCCAGCUGGAAGCAGAGCAAGAGCAGCGGGGCGCCCCCCAGCAACCCCUACCGCCGGGGCCUGGCUCCGGGGCCGGCUCCCCCCUCCUCCUCCCCUCCUCCUCCGGCGGAGUACUUGGACCCCCUGAAGCGGGCCCAGCUGAAGGCCCUGCUGACCCAGGUGGGCCCGGGCCUCAACCCCAAGCCCCGCCGGGGCAGCAGCAGCAGCAGCAGCAGCACCAGGGAGGUGGGCGUGCAGGUGAACCCGCGGGUGGACGCCGCCGUCCAGUGCUCGCUCGGACCCAGGACCCUCCAGGGCCCCAACGCCCCCAGGACCCCCAGCCCUGACUCCGGGCGCCCCCUCCCUCCGCGGCAGCAGCAGCAGCAGCCCCGCAGCCUCUACUCGCCGGCCCUGGGCCCCGGGCACUUCACCUGCCCCGAGGCCAUCGCCGAGGAAGAGGAGGAGGGAACGCCAAAGCCCAUUUCUGUCCAAAAGCAGACAUUUGGGGAGGUGUCAUCUCCUUUUGUUAUCUGCGCUGAGGAGAACCCUGUGGAAAAACAAGGGAGUAGCCCUAUGCAUGUUUACAUUCUCAAGUUUAUUUCAGGCCAAGAUCCCAAUUUCUUCAUCCUCAUCCAGUUUCUAGAACAGAAAUAUGGCUAUUUCCAUUGCAAUGACUGCAAGACCAGAUGGGAAAGUGCUUACGUGUGGUGCAUUUCUGGAACAAAUAAGGUUUACUUUAAACAGCUCUGUCGCAAAUGUCAGAAAAGCUUCAAUCCUUAUAAAGUGGAAGCAAUUCAGUGCCAUAUCUGUUCAAAGACUCGUUGCUCCUGCCCCCAAAAGAAAAGGCACAUUGACCUCAAGAGACCCCACCGUCAAGAGCUGUGUGGCCGCUGUAAAGGCAAGAGACUGUCUUGUGACAACACCUACAGCUUCAAAUAUAUUAUCUAAUUUGUUGUGAUCUCUAAUGAGUGCUGUUCUUGCACUUGGCACUAUGCACUUUGUUACUACCUUUGUAACAUGGCUUCGACUAUAGGCUUCUGACCUGGCAUUGGAUAAUGGAUUAGAGAUUUUUGUAAAACUAGGACAUAUUGAAUAUAUACCUUAUACCUUAUAAUAAAACUUGAAUUCUUCUGAA